AUGGACCCUGGAGUUUGUGCUCUGGAGUUGCUGGGAGUCUUUUUCUCGUUGGGCGCCUGGUUGUUUUCUCUCAUGACCACUAUGACGUCCCAAUGGCUCACGCUUUCCACGGAGCUUCUUCCGAUAGAGAGCUUCGAGCUGGGAUUGUGGGAAACUUGUGUGGUCCAGGAACUGGGUGUUAUGGAGUGCAGACCGUAUGACAGUCUGUUGGGUCUCCCUUCCGAAAUCCGACUUGCCAGAAUUUUGAUGUGCACAACGGUGGUGAUCGGUCUAAUUGGGUUGCUAUUCGCAAUCCCGGGCAUCUACCUGGUCAACAGCUGUGAACACACUGAGACCCUCGAAACCAAGAGGACCCUCAAAAUGCUUGGUGGAAUUUUUUGCUUUGUUGCAGGAAUACUCGGGCUGGUGCCCGUGUCGUACAUUGCACACCUGACAGUUCUGCGGUUCUUCGAUGAAAGCGUGCCCAGUGUGGUUCCACGUUGGGAGUUUGGGGAUGCACUCUUCUUCGGCUGGACGGCAGGGUGUUUGCAUUUGGUCGCGGGCUUUCUGCUGGUCACCUCCUGCAUAUGGCUGCAAAAUGAAGAGUGCCAGCUAAUCCGAUCUAAAACGCUUAGCAGAACACACAUGAUGCACCCAGAACAUUCUCCAAGAAGAAGGACAGAAUAUGUGUGA